AGCCGCGCACUUCACAACACUGCUCUAGUUUUGCGCUGUUUUUGUUGCAGUUGUUGCUGUUGCUUUUGAUUUUGAGUGCCAGACAGACGGAACAUGGCCAAAAAAGCACAAGAAAAGGUGACAGCAUCGCCAGUUGUACCUAUGGGCUACUCUCAGCUGCUAACCCAGGUGGCUGGCCACACAUUCGAGGCCACCAAUGCAGCCGCCGUCGGGCUGCUUCAAGACGCCGGUGAGGGCUGCGUUUUCAAGCCGCUCGGCAAACCUGAGUGCGGCGUACGUGAACUCAAUUUCUAUGAGUCACUGGCGGCGGCAAUUGCGACACAAGCCGAGGCAGACGCCGGUGCCAAUAACCUGAAUGGCGCAGGUGGUGAGGGGAAAGACGAAACGGAUCAGUCACUGCUCGCCGCAUUAGCAGCUCACGUCCCCCGCUAUUAUGGCCAACUCAAACUGGUUGUUAAUCAGCGUGAGCACACAUUUAUCAAAUUAGAAGACUUGACACACGGCAUGGCCAAGCCGUGUGUCAUGGAUGUGAAAAUUGGCCGACGCACCUGGGAUCCAUUGUCAUCGUUGCAGAAGCGCACCAUCGAGGAGCAAAAGUAUGCGCUUUGCAAACAGAAUCUGGGCCUAUGCCUGCCCGGCUUUCAGGUUUAUUGCCCGGAUGAACAGCAACCCGAACAUACUGUACUGAUUCGCAAGGGUCGAGACUAUGGCAAAAGCCUGGACGUGAUGGGCUUUCAGAAGGCAUUGGCCCUCUUCUUCAAUGCCAGCUGCAGCUCCAGCAAUAUACUUCUCCACGAGGUGCUAAACCAGCUGCGCUCCAUACGCAACUGGUUUAAACGACAGCGUUUAUUUCACUUCUACGCCAGCUCUCUGCUCAUCUGCUACGACUUCGAGCAGCUACAGAAGUUGGCUACGUCCAACUCCAAAGUGUCGCUGCACAAUGGCUUUCAUGCGGAUGCCGCAGAGCCUGUCCUGCCCACCAAAUCGAAAGACUGGAUACGCGUGCGCUGCAUCGAUUUCGCUCACAUCUUCCCGGCCGAAGAUGGACAACCCGAUCACAAUUAUAUGUUCGGGCUACAGAGCCUCAUCGAUAUAGUCGAGGCGAUGCUCCACCUAUAAGAAUAACAGAGAGACUCCUCAGCCGGCGGGUCCAACACACACACAAACACACAUUUGUAUUACCACUAAGCCAAAAGAUCACAGCAGAGCUGUAAUUAACUAGUUGAAA